GAUCUGGUACGCUGGCACCGACCCCGUCCUCGAGGUGAAGGGCCCGUCUGCCGAGGCCCCGAGGAAGAGAACUAUGACUUUCAGAAUAAAGAGGAUUCUGCCCACUGCGUUGUUUGGGUCUCGAACAAAGGAGGACUCAUCAGCUGACACGCAGGCACCGCCCGAAGAAGUAGUUGAAGUUCAGACACUAGAGUUGGCCGAUGUACCCUCGCUCAGUGAAGGAACGACCUUUGACCCUCUGGAUGAUGAGGAAGGCCUUUUAGCGUGGUGGAAUUUGGUAGAAGGCUGGUCUGAGUGGAGUGAGGGCAACCAGGACGAAGAGCCUCAAGACGUGGUGGAAGAAGCGGCCGACCGUGUCUUCAUGGCGGCUCGUCUUUUCGUUCGCUUCUUCAACCAGCGUGGCGCCACCCUCCAGCAGCGAAUCCUGGAGCUGCUGUCUCUGGCCGACUCAGCUGACGUCUUCCACAAGAAAACGGUCCAGGCCAGUGUGGGCGGGGGGGUGGCCAGCGUGGCAGGAUCCAUCACGACCAUCACCGGGCUCAUCCUGGCGCCCUUCACCGCCGGGGCGUCGCUCAUCGUCGUGGCGGUCGGCAUCGGUAUUGCUACGGCAGGCGGGGUGGCGUCUGCUUCAGCCAACAUCACGGACACGGUGCAUUCAAAGACCGACCGCAAGAAGGUGGAGACGAUUAUCCAAGACUACGAAGAGGAGAUCAAGGACAUCAAGGAGUGCCUGGAGUUUCUGCAGGAAGGGAUGGAAGCGCUGGAGGAGUGGAACUUUGAGGCGUAUGCUGAGAGCAUCUCCAAGAAGCACCUCAACCAGAACGUCAAACACGUGAUGAAGGAGGGGGGGCGCGCCGGCAAGGCUUUAGUGGUCAACACGGAGAGCCUGAUCAACACCGUGCAGGUCCUCACGGCGGCUGGAAGCGCUGCUAAAGCCGUGCAGGUGAUGAGCAUUACCACGGGGGUCAUGUCCGGUCUCUUCCUGGCUCUCGAUGUCUUCUUCCUGGCGAAGGACACCAUGGAGCUCAAAAAGGGAGCCAAGACUGAGUUUGCUGCUAAGAUUCGAGAAGUUUGUAAGGACCUGCAGGACGGGCUGCUGGAGCUGAACCGCAUCAAGGAGCAGCUGCAGAAAACCAUCGACGGGAUCGAGGUGGAGGUCGAGGAAGAGGAGGACGAAGAGCUGCUGAAGUCUGAGCUGAAGAAACUUGUGGAGUUUGAUGAAUGAAGAGAUAGUGUU